UGACUGAGUGUGGCUUUAUCUUCCUUUGGCCUCUGCUAAAAUCCUACGUGCUUCUGGCGUAAAUGCGUGAAACGAGACGCGUGUAUUUAGGAGGGAAACGUGACAGCGGCUCUUCAGUGUGACAGGCGACUGGGCUGAGAGAUUUACUUGCUUUCAGGCAGAUAUAGUGGUUUCCAGACGCACGCAGACCGGCCAAGAUGUCAAAGAUCUCCAAGGCAGCGAAGGCAGUGAAGAAGCUGGAUGUGGGCAAUGUGAUCCGGGCCAUAGUGAGGUCAGGUCAAGCAGCGCCUGGACCCCCACUGGGCCCUAUCCUGGGACAGAGAGGAAUCCCCAUCGGACAAUUCUGCAAGGACUUCAACGAGAAAACCAAGGAGAUGAAAGAGGGCAUCCCUCUUCCAAUCAAGAUCCAUGUGAAGCCUGAUAGGACGUAUGACCUGAAGAUUGGCCAGCCCACAGUGUCUUACUUCCUCAAGCAGGCAGCGGGCAUAGCGAAAGGCGCCAGUAAGACAGGCCACGAAACAGCAGGGAUGGUGUCAGUAAGAGCAGUGUACGAAAUCGCCCAGGUGAAAGCCCAGGAUGAGUGCUUCAAAAUGAGGAAUACCCCCCUGGAGACGGUCGUCAGAAGCAUCAUUGGCUCGGCCCGCUCUCUGGGCAUCAAAGUUGUCAAUGACCUAUCAGCUGAUGAAUAUAAAGUCUUCUUGGAGCAGCGAGAGGAGAAAUUAAAAGCCGAUGCAGCAGCAGCAGCGGCUGAGGCUUCAUUGGCCAAGAAGAAAUGAAGACUUGCUCUGCCCAAUAUCCCCCUCCCAUGUAGUUAUGCUGACUUUAUGUACAUUUAACGCGGUCACACGUAAAUGUUACUUCUGUUUAUGUUUAUGUCAUAUCUUAAUAAACAUCCAAUUGUUUAUGUAAGA